GUUUAGUGACAGAGAGGGCUGAGCGGAGGCUGCUGAAGGGGAGAAAGGAGUGAGAAGCGCUGGGUAGGGGCUGUCUGGCUCCCAGAUGCUGGACCUCCUGGGGAGCACGACCCUCACGGGAUGGAUCACAGGUGCUGCUGUGGCAGUCCUCCUGCUGCUGCUGCUUCUGGCCACCUGCCUUUUCCACGGACGGCAAGACUGUGACGUGGAGAGGAACCGUCCAGCUGCAAGGGGAAACCGAGUCCGCUGGGCCCAGCCUUGGCUUUUCCGGCGCCGGGGCCACCUGGGCCAUCACCAUCACCAUCAUCCUGGCCAUGUGUCUCACGUGUCGAAUGUGGGCUUCCACCACCACCACCACCACCACCACCCCCGCCACACCCCUCACCACCUCCAUCACCACCACCACCAACACCCCCGCCACGCUCGCUGAGGCUGCCGCCGUGGGUUCCUGUGGACAGCAGCUGUCCCUGCCUGCCAUCCGUUCCCAGGACAAGUGGACCCCAUGUUUCCAUGGGGAAGGAUGCGUCUCUGGAGUGAAGGAGGGGAACGAUGGCCCGGGGCCUGCGUGGGCUGCAUUUGCAUGCUAUGCUAUGGGGCAUGCUAUGCCCCACGGUACUAUGGCAGCAGAGAAUGGAGGAACACUGGGGCCUGCUACGCUGAAGGGUUUGGGGAGUGGAGAGCAAGAGUGCCUCUUUUGUGACUGUGACUCCCAGUGAGCCCCAGAAGUGACAAGGGUGUCUUGGCAAAGCCAGGACACAAGUGGAUGUGAAGUGCCCAUCUUGACCUCCUCAUCAGACCACUGCAGGCCUCUGGCUGGCGGGGCACUGGGAGAGGCCCUGAGAAUGUCCUUUUGGUUUGGAGAAGGCAGUACGAGGCUGCACAGUCAAUUCAUCGUUGCUUUAGUCCAGGAAAAUAAAAACCACUAAGAAGCUUUU